UUCCCCUCAAUCUUUUCCAACGAGGCUGAAAAUUUUCAAACGAUUCGAAAUUCGAUCUACCAAUUUCCCCGCAAAUAAUUUUGAAAAAUCGAGUGCUAACACCACGACGAAAAUGCAGUAGAGAUUCCGUUGUCUAUUGCCCAGGUGUGUUCUCGCUGGCUUCCUUCGCCAUUCCAUCAUAUAUUUAAAGAAUGCAGAUGAACUAACUGCUCAGAUCUCAGUUGUGUUCGUUCUGGUUAAGUCUUGAAUUUGGCAUGCUGUGCACGACAAUGUUUGAUUUCAUCAUUUGGCCGGAAAAGUAAUAUAAAUUCGUCUCGGUCGUUGAGGGGGUCUUUCCGGAAACUACAGUAUAAGAAAAGUCUUUUUCUUUUUGCUGUAUAGCCGCCGAACUCUUCUGGAUUGUCUGCCACGUGUUUCGGAUUCGUUGUGGUUUUUGUUUCUGGACGGCUGAGAGUUUUUAUCUGAGAAAUUAAGGAUCUUCGUAGAGUUGUAGGAGCGGUAAUUGAAUUGAUGGGAGGGAAGAGUUCUAGGGACGAUAGUUGGAGGCAAGCUUCGAGGUCAACUUCGUCUUCGUGGAAUUACGAAUAUCCUCAAACAGCUUAUCCGCCUCAACCACAAGAGAGCUACAAUUACCCUGUUCAGCAUGCUUAUCCUUCAUAUGCCCCUCCUCCUCCCCAAGAGCAGCAGUAUCCCCCGCCUUCUCAAGAUUUUGCCUCUCGGAAUCAUGCGCCGCCGCAGAGGAGGCUUGACCGGAGAUAUUCAAGGAUAGCAGAUAAUUACAAUUCAUUGGAGGAGGUAACUGAAGCUCUUGCACGUGCUGGACUCGAGUCAUCCAAUCUAAUUGUUGGUAUUGAUUUCACAAAGAGCAAUGAAUGGACGGGUAAGAAGUCAUUCAAUGGGCGAAGCUUACAUAACAUUGGACAUGGUCUUAAUCCCUAUGAGCAAGCAAUCUCCAUUAUUGGGAAAACUUUGGCUGCCUUUGAUGAUGAUAACUUAAUCCCUUGUUUUGGAUUUGGAGAUGCAUCAACUCAUGAUCAAGAUGUAUUCAGUUUCUAUCCUGAUGAAAGAUUUUGCAAUGGUUUUGAGGAAGUUUUAUCUCAAUAUAGGGAAAUUGCCCCCCGACUAAAACUUGCAGGACCAACAUCUUUUGCACCAGUCAUUGAAAUGGCUAUGACUAUUGUUGAGCAGAGUGGAGGACAGUAUCAUGUUCUAUUAAUCAUUGCUGAUGGACAGGUAACCCGUAGUGUUGAUACUGGGCGUGGUCAAUUGAGUCCACAGGAACAAAAAACAGUGGAUGCAAUUGUAGAAGCAAGCAAGUUUCCCCUGUCUAUUAUUUUGGUUGGGGUUGGAGAUGGACCUUGGGACAUGAUGAAGGAGUUUGAUGAUAAUAUCCCAGCAAGGGAGUUUGAUAAUUUUCAGUUUGUCAAUUUUACCGAGAUAAUGUCAAAAUCUGUACCUCAGUCCCGGAAAGAAACAGAAUUCGCCCUUUCAGCAUUGAUGGAAAUUCCUUCACAAUAUAAAGCCACAAUGGAGCUUGGUCUCUUGGGUGGACAUAAAGGUAAAUCUCCUGGAAGGGUUGCCCUUCCCCCUCCCCUUUAUGGUCCGGCUUCUUUGAGUGGUUCAAAGGCCUCGAGGGGAACAAGUUUUCAGCAUACUCCAAGUUCUUACUACGACUACAAGGACCCUGCUAGCACAGCGUCUAGUUUUCCACACACCUCAAGUUCUUACUACGACUACAAGGACCCUGCUAGCACAGCUUCUAGUUUUCCACACACCUCGAGUUCUUACUAUGAUCCCAGAGGUGAACCUACUCCUUCUGCACCUGUCUCUACGUACGACAAUCAGCUUUGCCCCAUUUGCCUCAGUAAUCCCAAAGAUAUGGCCUUUGGUUGUGGGCAUCAGACGUGUUGUGAUUGCGGGAAAGAGCUCGACCUCUGCCCAAUCUGUCGAAGCUCAAUUCAAACUAGGAUAAAGCUGUAUUAAGCCAUGUAGUUUUCGUCCAAUAUUUUUCAACCCUUUCUGACAGAAUAGUAUUUGCAGUGGUUUGUGCGUUGUAAACAUUUGUUGAUUGGCAUUUUUUGAUUUGUUUUCUGAAUGAUUGAAAGGGGAUGUCUCGAUAAAUAAGCGUAAUGUACUAAUGUCUAUCCUUGUUUAGACCACCUUAGGUUAACAUUGCUGUGCAUUAAAUUAUUAUAUUAAUCUUGUUCCGUCCAGUUCGGAUGUCAUAUGUAUAUCGCCACUUGAAGGUGAAAUUUAAUUCGA